GUUGUUAGGAGUAGUUAGUGUCCAGGCAGUUACCGUGGUUGUUGACGAAUGGUAAGAUGCCGAACGGAAGCCGCUGCCCGGACUGCGGCUCCUCUGAGCUUGUGGAAGACUCGCAUUAUUCUCAGAGCCAGCUGGUGUGCUCCGACUGCGGCUGCGUGGUCACCGAAGGGGUCCUUACUACCACCUACAGCGACGAGGGCAACCUCAGAGAAGUGACGUAUUCUCGAAGCACAGGGGAAAACGAACACGUUAGUCGCAGCCAGCAACGAGAUCUCCGACGAGUCAGAGACCUGUGUCGAAUUCUCAAGUUGCCCCCAACAUUUGAGGACACAGCAAUCUCCUAUUAUCAAAAGGCCUAUCAGCUGCCGGGCAUCCAUGCUGCUAGACUACAGAAGAAGGAAGUGUUGGUUGGAUGCUGUGUCUUAAUCACCUGCCGGCAACAUAACUGGCCCCUCACCAUGGGAACCAUCUGCACCCUGUUGUAUGCAGAUCUGGAUGUGUUUUCCGGCACCUACAUGCAGAUUGUAAAGCUUCUGGGGCUGGAUGUACCGUCUCUGUGCCUGGAAGACUUGGUGAAGUCUUACUGCAGCAGCUUCAAACUGUUCCAGGCCUCCCCAUCCAUGCCACCCAAGUACGUGGAAGACAAAGACAAGGUGCUGGCUCGAACCUUGCUGCUGGUGGAACUAGCAAACAAGACGUGGCUAGUGACUGGGCGGCACCCGCUGCCUGUCAUCACUGCAGCCGUCUUCCUGGCAUGGCAGUCCCUGCGGCCUUCCGACCGGCUGACGUGUUCUCUUGCCCGCUUUUGUAAACUGGCUAACGUGGACCUGCCCUACCCGGCCGCCUCUCGUCUGCAGGAGCUCCUGGCUGUGUUGCUUCAGAUGGCCGGCCAGCUGGCCUGGUUACAAGUUCUAAAACCUGAUAAGCGGUCGGUAGUGAAACACAUUGGUGACCUUCUCCAGCACCGUCACAUGCUGCUCCGAAUGGCUUUUCGAGAUGGAACAGCAGAAGUGGAGACCAAGAAUCUACAGCAGCAGGGGCCAGGACAGCAAGAGGAGGUGGGGGGCGGUGCCUCCGAUUUGCCCAAGAGGAAACGCCCUGCCAGUCCUGCCCUUCUCCUCCCACCCUGCAUGCUGAAGCCCCCCAAACGGGCCCACCCCGCACCCCCCGUUUCUGUAGUAACUGGAGAUGAGAGCAUUUCUGAUAGUGAAAUAGAGCAAUAUUUGCGCACCCCUCAGGAAAUUAGAGACUUUCAGAGAGCCCAAGCCGCUAGCCAGGCAGCCAUGAGUGCCCCUAACCCUCCCUGAUGCACAUUCCUUCAAGUGUAUUCAGUUCUGACUACAGCUCAUUAAUAGGCCUGUUGUGUUGCAGGAAGUGCAUAUGACCCUUGGAUGUUCCUUUCUUGUUUAAAGGAACAAAGCCUUGCAGUUAGUCGGACCCAAGGCCCUAGAGAAGGUGGGAGGCAUGUGGUGGAAUGUCUGUGGGCGCUACAGUCCUGUCCCUUGGUGCAGGUGAGCAAGUUGGCCAUCUAGUCCGGGAUGGAUUCUUUGCUGAUGAGUCUGCCCAGCUCUCCCCUGCCCUAGUCUGAAAUAAACUGCACUGCUAUUGUGAAGGAGCA